AAAAUAAGUAAAAAACUAUUUUCUUUAUAAUAAUUUAGUGGUCUUUCUUGUUUUUCCAUGUAGAGGGAGUAGAUUUUUAUAUCUUUUCCAAUAUAUACAUACCUUUCUUUAUUCUUCAAGGAAGAACGUCUUAUCACACACGCAGCCGCAACCAAUAACACCACUAUCCACCCCUCACCCCCUCUCUUUUGCUCACAUCUAGCCACAAAUCACAAUAAUCUUCUAAGAUCUCUUCUCUUUUCCAUCCUUUGAUUAUUAUAACUUUAUUUUAAUGUGCACAAAAUUUCUUUAGUGCUAAAAUAAUAUCCAAUUCUCCAAUUUAUUUUAUUUUUUUGGUUUGGUUUAGCCAAUAAAGAAGAGAUCUCGAAGAGUACUUGAAAGAACUUUCCCAUAUAUAGUAUUUAAGGAAUAAUAAGUCUUUUUUUUAGGGUUUCAUUAAGUUUACAUCAUCUUGAUUUAGGGUUGUCUUUUUUAAUUUUAUUUGAGAAAAAUCUUGUUAGUUAAUGGAGAAUAAUUAUAAUAAUCAAGUAGGGGAGAAUUCAGGAGGUCAAAGAGGUCAUUUCUUUUAUGGAGGAAGUCAAGUUCAGGUUGGUGCACCCCCAAAUUCAUCUAUUUAUGGAGGAGGAAGAAACAGUGAUGGUGGUGGUGGCGAUUGUUAUGAUCCGAUGAUAGUAAAGACAGAAGGAGGAAGUACUUCUCAACAUCAUCACCAUACGUUUCAUUAUCCAUCCAUAAUUCGUAAUCAUCAUCAGACGGUUCAAAAUCAUCAUCAGGAUAGUACGGAGACUUCAGCUUCUGCUCCUGGUGGUGAACUACUUGAAGCUUUAAAAGCCAAAAUUAUCGCUCAUCCUCAGUGUUCCAACCUUUUGGACGCUUACAUGGACUGCCAAAAGGUGGGAGCACCGCCGGAAGUGGCGGCGAGGCUGUCGGCGGUACGGCAAGAGUUUGAGGUGAGGCAACGAGCUUCGUUGACCGACAGAGAUGUCUCCAAGGACCCAGAACUUGAUCAGUUCAUGGAAGCAUAUUAUGACAUGCUAGUCAAGUAUAGAGAGGAGCUAACAAGGCCCUUACAAGAAGCAAUGGAGUUCAUGCAAAAAAUUGAAGCUCAGCUUAAUACGCUUGGUAAUGCUCCUGUUCGGAUCUUCAACUCUGAGGACAAGUGUGAGGGUGUUGGAUCAUCAGAAGAGGAUCAAGACAAUAGUGGUGGAGAAACUGAACUUCCUGAAAUUGAUCCACGAGCAGAAGACCGUGAACUGAAGAAUCACUUGUUGAGAAAAUACAGUGGCUAUUUAAGUAGCCUCAAACAAGAACUCUCCAAGAAGAAGAAAAAAGGGAAAUUGCCCAAAGAUGCGAGGCAGAAGUUGAUCACUUGGUGGGAGUUGCACUACAAGUGGCCAUACCCUUCGGAAUCGGAGAAAGUGGCAUUGGCAGAAACAACAGGAUUGGACCAGAAACAAAUAAAUAAUUGGUUCAUUAACCAAAGGAAAAGACACUGGAAGCCUUCAGAAGACAUGCAGUUUAUGGUAAUGGAUGGUCUUCAUCCUCAAAGUGCUGCUGCUCUUUAUAUGGAAGGUCACUACAUGGGAGAAGCCCCUUUUCGUUUGGGUUAGUAAAUUAAACUUUGCAUGCAACAUUUCCCAUUUGGAAAAAAACAUUUAAUUUCCUUGUAAGGUGAGUAUGAAUAGUUUGGAUUUUUAUUAAUUAGUUGUAGUAUGUUUGUUUGUAGCCAGCCUUGUAUGCCUAAGCACAAGGGUAUUUUAUUGCUUGUUCAAUUGUAUAUGGUGAGAAUCCUUUUGUAUUUAUUAUAUUGUAAUAUUAGUGAACCAAAAUCUAAUGUUUACUGCGUG